AUGGAUCAGAACAACAGCAUACCAGCCUUUCAGGGGCUUGCCUCCCCUCAGGGCGCCAUGACACCAGGAAUGCCUAUCUUCAGUCCCAUGAUGCCAUAUGGUUCAGGCCUGACACCUCAACCUGUUCAGAACACAAAUAGUUUAUCUAUAUUAGAAGAACAGCAGCGACAGCAGCAGCAGGCGCAGCAAGCACAGCAGGCCAAUGCGGGUACAUGACACUUGGUCAUUCCCUUGAAGAUGUCGUUCUUUAAAUCAGCAGUCAAUGAACACGGAGAACACAAAUAUUUUCUCUACCGUCUUCCAGGCCUUCCAGGAACAUCGGGGCAGACUCCUCAGCUCUUUCAUUCACAGGCGGUCACAGGUUCUACUACCACAGCGCUGCCAGGAAACACGCCACUGUACAACACCCCACUGACCCCCAUGACGCCAAUCACACCAGCCACACCGGCCUCAGAAAGUUCUGGAAUAGUGCCACAGCUUCAAAACAUUGUGUCGACAGUCAAUCUGGGCUGUAAACUGGACUUAAAGACCAUUGCAUUGAGAGCAAGGAAUGCAGAGUACAACCCAAAGCGUUUUGCUGCUGUAAUCAUGAGAAUACGAGAACCUCGCACCACAGCUCUUAUUUUUAGCUCUGGAAAGAUGGUCUGCACAGGAGCAAAGAGUGAGGAGCAGUCGCGGUUAGCGGCCAGGAAGUACGCUCGUGUGGUGCAAAAGCUGGGUUUUCCUGCCAAGUUUUUAGACUUCAAGAUUCAGAAUAUGGUGGGGAGCUGCGACGUUAAGUUCCCCAUUCGUCUGGAAGGCUUAGUACUCACGCAUCAACAGUUUAGCAGCUAUGAACCUGAACUCUUUCCAGGAUUGAUUUACAGAAUGAUCAAACCCAGAAUUGUCUUGCUCAUUUUUGUUUCUGGGAAGGUCGUGUUAACAGGUGCUAAGGUGAGAGGUGAAAUCUAUGAAGCCUUUGAGAACAUCUAUCCAAUCCUGAAAGGUUUCCGCAAGACAACGUAG